CUCUCUGCCGCCUGCCUUCUUCACUCCUCCUCCGGGGGGUCCUCUACCAGCGUCUGCCCUCGGCCUUGGGGGACACAACCAAGCCAGUAGGGACCUAAUCCGAGGGGAGAGCAGCCAGGUGAGCCCAGAAAGGUGGGGCGGGGCGGGGGCGCUCUGGGCCCCACCCCGGGAUCCGGUGACGCCGGGGCUGGAAUUUGACACCGGACGGCGGGCAGCAGGCUGCUGAGGGAUGGAGUGGGGCUCGGCCCCCAGACACGGCCCGCGGGCUCUGCCAGCAGCAAGUCCCUCAGGCCCCAGUCCUUGCUUCGACGGGAGCUCAGAGGCCCGCAUCCGAGAGAUGGAACUUGGAUUUGGAGGCCCUACUGUGCUGCUCCACUGCCACUGGCCUAGGCAGCAGCCAGCCUUGUGGCCUACACUGGCUGUUCUGGCCCUGCUCAUCAGUGUCACAGAGUCCUCACUGGGCCCUGAGCCCCGCAAUCCCGUCACUCACCAAGGCCCCGCAGCAAUGCUGACGUCCCAUACCGACCACCUGCCAGGUGGACGCCUCGUCCAUCUGUGUGGCAAAAGAACCCGCCCACCACCUCUGCACCCUCCCCAGCCUGCGCCCCUUCCGUCGUCCCCGCCCCUGCCUACUUCGCCCCGCGGAGGCCGCACUGCUCGAGCAGGGGCCCGAGGCAGUCGCGCAGGGGCCGCAGGGUCGCGGGGCUGCCGCCUGCGCUCGCAGCUGGUGCCGGUGCGCGCACUGGGCCUGGGCCACAGCUCAGAAGAGCUGGUGCGUUUCCGCUUCUGCAGCGGUUCCUGUCGUCGUGCGCGCUCCCCACACGACCUCAGCCUGGCCAGCUUGCUAGGCGCCCGAGCCCUUCGGCCGCCUCCAGGUUCCCGGCCAGUCACCCAGCCCUGCUGCCGGCCCACUCACUACGAAGCCGUCACCUUCAUGGACGUCAACAGCACCUGGAGGACUGUGGACCGCCUUUCAGCAACUGCCUGUGGUUGCCUAGGCUGAAAGCUCUCUCCAAGAGAUUGUAGACUGGGCUCCUGAGCAUGCAUCUUCCUGUCUGCGAGCCUCCUGCAGGGUCCUGCUGGCUGGGAGGCCUCAGUCAGCCAUGAAAGCCUCAGAGCUGAGGUCCCAGCACAGUGGGUGAUGGUCAUGAUCCUGGAGAGGUGGAAGGACUACUGGACACGCCAGCAGCUUCCAGGUGCUCAUCCUGGGGCCCCAACACUAUAACGUCAGAGACCUCAGCUCCGAGACCUUAAUGCCCACCUCUCACAGAUUCUGGGACUGGCCAGGCCUGGGGAGACGCCUCUAGAGAAUACAGCAGUGGCCCAGGCCCUGGGUGGGUGGAAUUGGAGGACACAUACUGUAGCUGUGGUGGAAAGUGCCUGUACUGGAGAUGGCCUUAUCCUCACUGAUGGAGCUGGAUGCAUAUUUAUUAUUUCUAAGUUAUUUAUUUACUUCAGUGGUUUGUUGGAUUGUUUCAUGGGCUUGGCUGGAGAUGCACGUGCUCUACAU